ACAAACUCUCGCUCUCGCGGUCGUAUAGCAAAAUAUUUUGGCUUAUUAUUGAAGAAGAAUGGCUCGUACUAAGCAGACAGCUCGUAAAUCAACUGGUGGUAAAGCCCCAAGAAAGACUCUGGCAACGAAAGCUGCGCGUAAAAGUGCUCCAGCUACUGGUGGUGUGAAGAAACCUCAUAGAUACAGGCCUGGAACCGUCGCUCUUCGUGAAAUUCGUCGUUAUCAAAAAUCGACUGAGCUUUUGAUUCGCAAACUGCCCUUCCAACGUUUGGUUCGUGAAAUUGCUCAAGAUUUCAAGACCGAUUUGCGUUUUCAAAGCUCAGCCGUGAUGGCUUUACAAGAAGCUAGCGAAGCUUACCUUGUUGGUUUAUUUGAAGACACAAACUUGUGCGCCAUCCACGCCAAACGAGUUACGAUCAUGCCUAAAGACAUUCAGCUGGCAAGACGAAUCCGUGGUGAACGUGCUUAAGUCGUUUAAUAAUAAAAACAAAUACAAACCGGCUCUUUUAAGAGCCACCAAACUCGUUAAAGAAUAAGCGUUCUUCAACGUGGUUUUCAUAACAACCAAACAUUCCGCCAAAAUAUACCGACUAAUUGCUUUGCUCUGUAAAGUUCAGACUGCUUGCCUGCGAUAUUUUGUUCUUGUUUAAAGCAUAACUGUUUAAAUACUAAAAUAAAACACAGAUUUUCUCUGGCGCGCUACAAUGAUUGUUUAUACGCUUCGUAAUUGUAGGCAAAUAAAAUACAGACAGCUAAAAA